GUUGUAUCAUCAACUUGUAUGUAGAACAUUUUAUUCUGACGGUUAGCCGACGGUGGAAGUUUAACCGUUUACUGGAAUACUGGUGUACAAUACAUGAUGUUUCGAAAAUCUCGACCAUGCAAACGCUUUUCAGCUGCGCUCGUAGUCGAUUGCUUUGCUUGAUCUCCCUGACAAUGUAAUAAGCGCAUAACCUGUGCUUGGAAACCUGGAAAAGCAACAGAACAAGUGAAGCUAUACGGACUACAGUAAAUACUUCGGUUGCAAGCGUCGUUCUCGGUUCUCCUGCGAGUACCUUUCGCCCGCGCAAAGGAUAGGAAAGGCUUGAAAUCGUGAAAAAUGGAGAUGAUCUCCAUCAGUCGCCCAGGCGCGGGCAAACUGGGCCGGCCCAUCCGCCUCCUGGCCAACCACUUCAAGCUGGAGCUGCCCACCGAGGGCUUCUUCUACCAUUACCACGUGGAGAUGGAAGCGCUGGUGUGGCGCGUCCCGGAGACCGGGGGCGGGGACCGUGAUCGCAGCCGACAGCGCAGCGUCGCCGAUGACCUGGCCCAGCUGAGCGUUGGCGACCGGAAGGAGGACCGCCCCGAGCGGGUGCUCGUGGAGCUGGGAAAGCCGGUGCAGAAGGACACCCGGCGGCGCGCCAUCACCCGGCUGGUGGAGGAGCACCGCGGCGGGUUGUUCGGGGGCAAGGUGCCGGUGUUCGACGGUGAGAGCAAUCUGUUCUCCGUAGAGGAGCUGCAGGAUCCGGCGCUGCUGUCGUCGAAACGGGCAGACCGCAAUGUGGAGCUGAUUGUGGAACUGCCCAAGGAGGGUCAGUACCGACGCGCGACGUUGCGGGUGACCUUGCAGGAGUGUAAUCCGCUAAAGAUUUCAUGGGGUGUGUUACGGGAGGCCAUGGAGGGGCGUAUCACGGAGCUGCCGGUGCACGUUAUCUCGUGCAUUAACACCGUCCUGCGGGAAGCGGCCCUGUCCGUCAAUCAGAACGUCCCCGCCGGCCGGUCGUAUUUCAGUCACGACAAGAACGCCAUCUUGCUGGGAGAGGGCCGGAUGGCUUGGCUGGGCUUUUAUGCGAGCGCGCGGCCGUGCGAGCUGCAUAUGUCGCUGAAUCUGGACGUGGCACACUGCGUGUUCUACGCCAACAUCCCAUUACACCAUCUGAUUAUGGCUAUUGUGCGUCAUCGGGAGAACGCCCCGCCGCUGUCCAGUAUGAACGAGCAGCAGCGCCGCCAGGCCAUGGCGGACCUCAAAGGCCUGCAAGUCAACACCGGGGUCGAGGGCAAGAUGCGAUACUAUACCAUCGCGAAGCUGUCGCGCGAGGCGGCCGACAAAUGCGCCUUUGAUAUGAAGGGCGAGAAGGUCCUGGUGGCCGAUUAUUUCGCCCAGCAGUACAAUUACCGGUUAAAGUAUCCCGGACUGCCGAUGGUGGAGACAACCAGCAAGUGCUUCCUGCCGAUUGAACUAUGCACAGUAGUCGACGGGCAAAAGGUCAAGCGGAAACUGUCGGACCAGCAGACGGCCACGAUGGUGCGCGCGUGCGCCAAGCCCGCCUCGAUCCGCAAGCGCCAGAUCCAGGAUAUCCGGGCGCAUGCGGUGGGCUAUGACGGCAGCGAGCAUAUGCGGCAGUUUGGUAUCCGGGUGGCGCCGAAGAUGCAUGCGCUGGAGGGCCGAAUUCUGCCGGUGCCGAAGAUUGGACAGCGUAACGACAAGACACUGAGUGUGGAUGAAAGCCAGGGUACUUGGGAUGCGCGCUCCACGCAGUUUGUUCUCCCCAUGCCGCUGGAAGCGUGGGCCGUGGUGGUGCUGGAUGACUUCCAGGAGAAUCGCGUUCUGGAUGACCUGUUACGCAAGCUGACGGAGCUGGCCGGUCAGCGCGGGAUGAACGUCAAACCGCCGUACCGUUAUCGCGCCGAUUCAACGUUCCCGGAUUUUAUAAAGGUCAUCGGGGAGAUCGGUCGGCAUUUUGGCGGGAAGGACCAGGACGUGCAACUGGUGAUGGUGCUGGUCGGUCAGCGGAAUUUGUACGCCGACAUCAAGAAAGCCGGCGAUGUACACUGGGGCGUGGCCACGCAGGUGGUAUUGAUGAAGAAUUUGAUGGGCAGCCACCAGAAAGGGCUGGCACAGUAUGCCGGGAAUCUUCUGCUGAAGAUGAACGCGAAGCUGGGCGGCAUCAACAGCAUUAAUGACACACUGGAUAAAUGCCCCACCAGUUCUCCGCUGGCGUACUUUGUGGACAAGCCGACCAUCGUCUUCGGGGCGGACGUGACGCAUCCGGGCAUCGGUGAGGACGUGACCAAGCCGUCGAUCGCCGCGGUGGUGGCCAGCUGCGACAACACCUUCACCAAGUACAUCCAGCGUGUCGGCGCGCAGUACAAGCGCAAUCCCAACUCGGAAAAGAAGUCGGCCACGCAGGAAAUCAUCAGCAACCUGACUGCCAUGAUCCGUGACCUUCUGGAGGAGUUUUACGAUCGCACGAAGACCGAACCGGAGCAGAUCGUGUUCUACCGGGACGGCGUAUCGGAAGGACAGUACAAACAAGUCAUGGAGCGGGAGGUGAACGCCAUAAAGCAGGCGUGCCGCGAGCUGGUGCCCGACGGGAAGUACACGCCGCCCAUUACCUACAUCAUCGUGGGUAAACGUCACCACGUCCGCCUCUUCUAUGAGGAUGAGCGCCAGGCUACCACGAAAUCCGGGAACGUCCCGCCUGGCACUAUAGUCGACACCGGGAUCACGCACUUUAAGGAAUUCGAUUUCUACAUGGUUAGCCAUGGCGGCAUCCAGGGCACCAGUCGUCCGGCCCACUAUCACGUGUUGUACGACGACAGCCGGCUGACGGCGGACCAGAUCCAGCUAUUCAGCUUUUAUCUGUCCUUUGUGUUUGCACGGUGCAACCGCAGCGUUAGUAUUCCGACGCCGGUGUACUACGCGCAUUUGGCGGCGUUCCGGGCCCGCUACCAUCUGCAGGAUAGCGGCAUGAAUUCGGACAGUGUUAGCGAAGUGUCGUCCGGGCAAAACCGCGACCGUGAACGCGGGAAAUUCGGUCCAGCGGCACCGGACCUGGACGUGAUGAACAAGCGCAUCCGCACCAACAAGGAACUGAAGGGGCUGUAUUACGCCUAACUGCCGGUUAUGUACAAUUGUCCUCCAUAAUUUUUGGACGCCGGGAAUGUUUUCGUAUGCAGUAACUGUUGUUUAAUAUUUAACAUUAAAUUGUGCAGAAACUGCUUAUUUAUCGUGUUUAAAAUUGCUAAUGAUUGCCCAGUGUUUCCCUGUAAUUAUGAUUUUUGUCGGGUAUAAUUGUUAUUCGUUUGGGCUUUUUGUCGAGAAUAUUUUCCAGUGCGUUUGUAUCGCGCAGCCUUGAUGUGUUUACUCGUUAAUAUGUAAAUUAUUUGUGAAUACUGCAUUAUUAAUUUAUAAUUCAAAAUUUUUGUGUUGUUAAUUGGACGCUUGUCCAGUGUACGUCUUUGCACGACGUUUGCUAUAAUUUUGUAAUGUGUGUUUAUUAAAUUAAUACAAAUUAUUUAUACAUAAAUGAGUGUGGUAUUUACUAGUCAUAAAAAUUACUGAGCGUG